GUUUGUAUGUCAUGCUUGACGCUGGGUCUGUCUAACUGUCUUUGCAAAGGAAUGUAACUUAGCGGCUACGACUCUGUUUGGGAUCGGGGACUGACAGAUGUUUUGAGAAAAAAACAUGUCGGGACUGCAGUGUCAUAAACUAUUUAAUAACCAUGAUGCUCAAAACAGCGUAGUAGUUACCUCCAUCUCUGACUGGCAAUCAAGGACAUCUCGUCAGAUUUAAGAGAACCCUGCUAUAUUAACAGUCAACAUUUAGUUAUUUGGCAUCAUACUUGCUUAUAAGCAUGGACUCUUAACUUCCUCAGCUGUCAAGAUACACUGUUACACCUUUCCUUCAGUUGUUGUGUGACAAAUUUUUAAAAGAGUUCCGCUGUGCCACCGUGUGUUACUGUACAAGUUUGUGAAGCCUUAUCAAGAUGUUUUCAGCGCUUAAGAAGUUGGUGGGAUCUGAGCCAGUCCAGCUCAGGGACAAGAACAUUCCAGCUGGCCUGCAAUCAAUGAACCAAAGUUUGCAGAGACGUUUUGCCAAAGGGGUCCAGUAUAAUAUGAAAAUAGUCAUCCGGGGAGAUAGAAACACUGGAAAGAGUACUUUGUGGCAUCGACUGCAGGGCAAGAAGUUUGUAGAGGAGUACUUACCCACUCAGGAGAUCCAAGCCACAAGUAUCCAUUGGAAUUACAAAACUACUGAUGAUGUGGUCAAGGUAGAGGUGUGGGACGUAGUAGACAAAGGCCAAAAAUACCCCCUUCCUGAAGGUGUAGGCAAAGGCAAAAGGCGCGGAGAUAAUUUGAAACUGGAGAAUGAGCCCCAAGAGUCAGAUGAGGUGGCCCUGGAUGCAGAGUUCCUGGAUGUGUACAAGAACUGUAAUGGAGUCAUCAUGAUGUUUGACAUCACCAAGCAGUGGACUUUUAACUACAUCCUGAGGGAACUGCCCAAAGUACCUACCCAUGUGCCGGUGUGUGUGUUGGGAAACCACAGGGACAUGGGCGAGCAUCGAGUUAUCCUCCCUGAUGAUAUAAGAGACCUGAUUGCUGGACUUAACAGACCAAUGGGAGCUUCUUACAUCCACUAUGCUGAGUCCUCAAUGAAGAAUGGCUUUGGCUUAAAAUAUCUGCACAGGUUUUUCAACAUCCCCUUUCUGCAGCUACAGAGAGAGACCCUCCUGAGGCAGCUGGAGACAAACCAGCUGGACAUGGAUGCCACCUUGGAGGAGCUCUCUGUCCAGCAGGAGACUGAAGAUCAAAACUACGAGAUUUUUCUGGAGAACUUGGAGUCUCGCAGUAAGGGCUAUAGCUCUCCUGGCCCGGCUAAUGGUCAGAGUCCCUCCUCAGGCUCCCAGUCCCCCAUCGUUCCUCCUAGUGGGGCCUCUACAGGCAGCUCCAGCCCCAGCACCCCUCAGCCCCUGGUUUCUUCCCAGGUGCAACCACAGUCACCAUCUGUGUCAGCCUCCUCCCCUCUACCUCCGUCAACAGCGGUUAGCGGGGAAGCUUCAGCUGCUCUUGAAUCAAAGCCAUCAGCCCAGUCACCAGAACACCUUCAGGCAUCAGCUGCAUCUGGAGUGUCGGCCCCCCAGAAACGUGGCUUUAUCUCCCGCUGGUUCGGUUCAUCUCCUGCUGCUGAGGCUCCUGCUUCUGCACCAGAUGAGCUGCCUGCACUGGUGUGUCCUGCUAAGGUUCAGAGUGUAGAUGACUUUGUACCAGAUGAGAGACUGGAUAGAAGUUUCCUGGAGGACAGCUUGCCCUCCAAGACCAAGGUGCCUCAGCCUCCAGCAGCUGUGGACAGUGACAGUGAUGGUGAAAACAGAGGAAACCCCAUGGUGUCUGGUUUCCAGGAUGAGCUGGAUCCUGACGACACUGAGCCCAGCCUUCCCCAACCUAAGACCCUGCCCCUCAGUAAAGAUAUCACUCUGACCAGUGACGAGGAUGAUGAAGUACCAGCUGUCCCUACUAUCACACAGAACCUAGACCUGGACAGUGAACCUGAGCUGAAAGCGCCUGUGAUCCACAUCACAAAACCAAAGGUGGCAUCUAAAGCUCCAGAGCCCAGAGGACCCAUCUCCCUCACUUUAACUCCAGCAGAAGAGCAGUUGCGCCGACACCAGGCCAAGAAGAAGGGAAACACAGCCAAAGCUGAGGACUCUGAUACAGACCCCGAGGCCCCUGUAGCCCAACAGAUGCUCUCAUUUGUCAUGGAUGACCCCGACUUUGAGUCUGAAGCAUCAGACACACCAAAAAUAACCAAGGAUAUAUUUCCAGUCAGAGAUGAGCUUUUGUCUGACCCCUCUGACGAUGACAUGCAGAUAGCCAGGGUGCCAGAACCUCUGAAGGCCACUGCGAUCUCCUUCAAACACAAGGAUGAUACCGACCUUUUUGGCCUCGGCAUCCAAGAAGAGGCUCCCGCAGCCAACAACAGCAGCGAGGAGCAGGAAGAAAAAGAAAGCAAACACUCAUCCAAAGACAAGAAGAAAAAGAAGAAGAAAGGCAAAGAGGAAGAGGAAAAGAACAAGAAGAAACACAAACACAAGAAAAGGGAGAAAGACGAAGCUGCAGCAGGAGAUGACAAAGAGAAAAAGAAAAAGAAAUACCGGAGCAAGAAAACAGAAGUGGAUGAGUUGGAGGACUUCCUGGGUGGAGGAGCAGGGUUGAUCAAAAGAGAUGACGGUGAUUAUGAAGAACUAUAAAAGCUUGUUUUAUUAGGAAUGGAACUGUAGAACAGCAUUCAAGUUUCCUUGACUUGUAAGAGCAUAAAGCAUCUCCAAGCCAUACGCAAUACGCUAGGCUACCGACAACCCCCAGGUAAAAUAAGUUAAGGACUCUGUCUGAUUUCCCCAUGUGCACUACUGCUGUCACUUCCAAUUAGCCAGUAGGGAACAGUGAGGAGACCCACACGUACUGUAGUGAGUGGUGACAUUAAAAUUUGAUGACUGGCGUAGCCAUGUAUUGGCUCUUUGUUCUUUGCCAUGAUUGGAUAUGUUGGCGAAAUAUUUUCUUUGAUUUGAUACACUCUGCAAGUGAUCCACUCUGAAUUGGCUGCUGUAAAUAGGGAUACCAUUUUGUCUAAACUUUUGUUUGGUUGGUAAUAUUGGGAGCAUGCUGUGUGUGAUGACUGACUCCUUACAGACUCCACAGUGUUCUGUCUUUCAUUUCUUUGUUCCUUUCUUGUUGACUUAAGUGGUUAAUGGCAGAUUUAGGCUUGUGUCUUAAAUGUGAAUAAUGAGAAAAAAUUCAGAGAGAGGUGAUUUAUGAAUUUUUGCCCAUCACCAGUAAAGGCAAUGACCUCCCCCUCAUCACACUGUACGUCCACACUGAGCUGGCUACACUUAAAAAAUAUGUUUGCUUUGUUUUGGCCUCCAUCUACACUUGACACGUCUAUCUUUUCAAAACCGCUAUGAAAACCUGCUACUGCGUGUCAGCAAAGUAGAUAAUUAAAGCUCUAUUCUCCUCUAA